AUGGCUUAUCAUGGUGUCAAAAAACGUCUAAAAAUUAGAUUAGGGAAUUUGCUCAUAAGUUUCAUGAGGGAAUAUCAAGACAGAUUAACCUGGAAGGAAAUAUCAAUUAAUCAAAAUCUGUCUAAUGAUUUCGUGGGGGAAUUUCAAGAUGAGGUUGACUGGAAUGAAAUACCAAAAUAUCAAAAACUACCAUACGACAUUUUAUCAACUGAACAACAACGACAUAAGUGUGCUGUCUGCUUAGAUGAUGAAAAAAUGUCUCAAUUGGUGUUAGCGAGCUGUAAGUAUGUUUGUCGUAAAGAAUGUAUUGACAAAUGGUUGAUAAAACAAAUUAUUUGUCCAUUGUGUAGAAAGGUUACUAAAAACGAAGACAAUCCUAGGCAAAUCGCUAUUAUGGGCUCAACAGUUGUGGAUGCUUAA